AUGUCCGCAAAGACCGUCGGAGGUGCCCUAGAAUGGUGCUUGCGGACGGACGUAUCAACACCUGAGAUUGUGCAGGAACCGUCGGCGGCAGUUCAGGUAGACAAUCGCUCCAAGGGCCAGGUCAAUACUGUGGAUAAAAUUCUGGAUACGCAUCGAGGGGAGCUUGUGCGUGCUUUACUCGCCGCCGAGGUUACCGCACUUGCUCGACCAAUUAAUGCAGCCCUGAUGAGAUCUGAGCUCCCAUGUAUUCCACUAUAG